AUGGAUUCGAGACCCGUUGUUCAACAGCAAAACAGAGGCGCCGACGUGGGGGUGCUUGGGCCGUCCGCCGUCACCGUCGUUGCUCGCACGCCCAUGGGGCUGAAUGGCGCUGUCGUUCAUGCUUCGUUGAUUGGAGACCAUGAUGCCCAAGGAGUUGAUUUUGGGCAGAUUAGGCGCGUUAUCCGCGCAGUGGAGCAAAGAGGCGAGCGGCUCAGCCUGGUGGGCGAGUAG